AUGUCAAACGAAACCAGCACGCCCGCCCCAGCCCACGAGCCCCCGUCUCUCCCCAGCUCGCCCCUGCCAAAGCGCACCAAAGUCAUUGAUCCAGCGCCGUUCAACCAGGCCUCCACGCUGCCGCGCAACGACGACUCAGGCACCGCGACUCCAACCCCACUGGCGAGCUCCAACAUGGCCGCCUUGCAGCCUCCCGCGCCAAUUGCGCCCUCGAUCGCGGCUGGAGCUGCAGCAGAGCAAGCUCUGCAAGUUCUCCUGCUGAGCGAGAAUGCAAAGGCGCCUACGAAGGGCAGCAAAUUUGCGGCGGGACACGACCUUUACAGUGCAAAGGACCUCGUCAUCCCGGCAAGGGGGAGGGCCAUUGUGCCCACAGAUAUCAGCAUCUCAGUGCCUGUUGGGACAUAUGGUCGCGUAGCACCGCGCUCCGGACUCGCUGCCAAGCACGGCAUCGACACAAUGGCCGGCGUAAUCGACGCAGAUUACAGAGGAGCCGUUGGCGUCAUCCUAGCGAAUCUGUCAGACGCCGACUUCGAGGUCAAGAUUGGCGACAGGAUCGCGCAAUUGAUCGUUGAGAAGAUCGCGAUGCCCGAGGUCGUCGUUGUGCAGAAACUGGACGAGAGCGUGCGCGGCGCUGGUGGGUUCGGCAGCACAGGCGGAUUCGGCGCGGGCGCUGCACAAGGUGCGUAG